AUGGAUCAUGAGGAAACUGUUGUGAGCCACUCAGUGGUCUUCACCACCUCCCACAGCUCUCCUCUGUUUUCCAAGGAAUGGUCCCCUUUAUCCACUGGAUCCUACACGGGUACCUGUAUCUUUCUGGUCAUCCUCGCCAUUAUCGCCCGCUGUCUUGUUGCAUCCAAAGCGUACAUGGAGCAGCGUUGGAUGUACGCCCAUCUCAAGCGUCGCUGCGUGGUCGCCGCAGGCCGGCCCUCCGAAACCACCCGCAUUGAAACAGAUCCAGACGCGAAUCUUGCAAAGCUUAUUACCGCUGACGGCGUCGAGGAGUCAGUCAAAGUGGUUUAUCGCAAUACCUACGAGGCGCCUCCAUGGAGAUUCAGUGUGGAUCUCCCCCGCGCUCUUAUUUAUGUUUGUAUCACAGGAGUCACUUAUCUGCUGAUGUUAGCUGUUAUGACGACGAACAUUGGAUACUUCUGCUCCAUCCUUGGUGGGUCUUUUCUUGGGGAACUUGUCGUGGGACGAUUCAUUCAAUGGAAUGAACAAGGGCAUUGA